CACAAGCAGCCCGACUACAGGAAAACAACACAUACGACACCCUCACUGUUAUUCCGAAGCCUACUUAAAAACAGGGGCAAAGUCUGUUGUUUACCGGAGGGCUUGUGUACAUCCCAAGCCACACCCCCGCUCCUCUCAUCGACACGCCCCCCUAAACGUAGCGCUAUUAAAGAGCUUGGGAAAAGGGCGUUUUUCCGUGAUCUGUCAUCUGUCCACGCAGACUUUAACUUCCCCGCAAAACUGUCCGAAUCUAGACCUGCAGGUAAUCACAUGGAGAACGAGCGUAGCGACACUUCGAUCAUCAGGAUUCCUCCACACCACUACAUCCAUGUGUUGGAUCAGAACACCAACAUCGCUCGGGUUGAGGUUGGACCCCUCACCUACAUCCGCCAGGAUAAUGAGAGGGUUCUCUUUCCCCCAACUCGUAUGACCAUGGUGCCUCCUCGCCAUUAUUGUGUGAUCCUGAACCCGGUAGCUCGUGAUGAUGAGGGACAUGUUCAGUUCGACACAGCAGGCCAAGCUAAACUCCGCCAUGCAGACCUGGAGAUCCGUCUGACCCAGGAUCCUUUUCCACUCUACCCUGGAGAAGAGAUACAGAAGGAAGUUACUCCACUGCAGAUCGUGUAUCCCGACACAGCUAUAAGGCUGCAGGCUCUUCUGGACUUUGAGCAAGAAAAUGGAGAGAAGAGAGUGGCUGGAGACGAGUGGCUGUUUGAAGGGCCAGGAACGUACAUCCCUAGGAAAGAGGUGGCCGUCCUGGAGACCAUCAAAGCCACAGUGAUUCGAGAGAACCAGGCCAUUCGCCUUCGAGCUCGUAAAGAGGGUGUGGACCGCACUGGAGUUCGCAGAGUGACUGGUGAGGAGUGGCAGGUCUGUAAAGUUGGUGCAUACCUGCCUGGAGUGCAUGAGGAAGUCAUCGACAUUGUGAAUGCGUUCAUCCUCACUGAUAAGAAUGCGCUGCAUGUGCGUGCUCUCCGUCCAUUCCGGGAUGCAGGAGGGCGAGACAGAAGGACAGGGGAGGAGUGGCUGGUGACGGUCGCAGACAGAGAAGCACACAUCCCCUCUGUGGCUGAGGAGGUAGUUGGGGUUGUAAACGUGACCACGCUGAGCAGCAGGGAGUACUGCGUGAUCCUGGACCCAGUUGGGCCAGAUGGAAAGCCCCAGCUUGGACAGAAGAGAGUGGUGAAAGGUGAGUGCUCGUUCUUCCUGCGGCCCGGUGAGCAUUUGGAGAACGGCAUUCAGGAUGUCUACGUUCUGUCCGAAGAGGAGGGACUGGUGCUGCGUGCUGUGGAGGCCUUCACUGAUAAAGAGGCGCAACAGGAAGACGAAGACGAAGACGAAGACGAAGACGAAGAGGAGCAAGAGGGGCAGUCCAAAAAGGCCACUGUACAGAGACGCCCGGGAGACCGCUGGAUGCUGCGAGGGCCUAUUGAAUAUGUCCCACCUGCCACUGUAGAGGUCCUGCUUCGCCGGCAGGCCAUUCCACUGGACGAGAAUGAAGGAAUAUAUGUGCGGGACAUCAAGACCGGCAAGGUGCGGGCUGUCAUUGGUCGCACCUACAUGCUGACACACGAUGAGGAGUUGUGGGAAAAGGAACUCCCUCUUAAUGUGGAGAAGUUGCUGAGCAAUAUGCGUGACCCAAUGUCCAGCCGCUCGAGUCGGGACGUGGAUGCCGCUGCUGAACCCAGGGACAAAACCAGAGUGGUGUCCUACCGUGUUCCCCAUAAUGCUGCAGUGCAGGUGUACGACUACAGAGAGAAGAAAGCCAGGGUGGUGUUUGGGCCUGAUUUGGUGAUGCUGGGCCCGGAAGAGCAGUUCACGGUUCUGUCUCUGUCUGGAGACAAGCCCAAGCGGCCCAACGUCAUUAAGGCCAUCUGCCUUCUCCUCGGGCCUGACUUCUGCACUGACAUCAUCACCAUAGAAACCGCCGACCAUGCCCGUCUGCAGCUUCAGCUUGCCUACAACUGGCACUUUGAGAUAAAGAACCAGACAGACCCCACACAAGCAGCAGCACUCUUCUCAGUGCCUGACUUUGUGGGUGAUGCCUGUAAAGCCAUCGCUUCCAGGAUCAGAGGAGCUGUGGCUUCGGUGCAGUUUGAUGACUUCCACAAGAACUCAAACCGGAUCAUCUGCUCAGCCGUGUUUGGCUUUGACGAGAAGCUGGCAGUACGUUCCAGUCUGCGCUUCGGUCAGAACGGGCUGGUGAUCAGCAGCGUGGACAUUCAGUCAGUGGAGCCAGUGGACCAGCGCACGCGUGAUGCCCUGCAGAAGAGUGUCCAGCUCGCCAUUGAGAUCACUACCAACUCCCAGGAGGCCACAGCUCGGCAUGAGGCAGAGCGCCUGGAGCAGGAGGCACGCGGCAAACUGGAGAGGCAGAAGAUCACAGACCAGGCAGAUGCUGAGAGAGCCAGAAAGGAGCUGCUAGAGCUGGAGGCACUCAGUGCUGCUGUAGAGAGUACUGGAGCAGCAAAGGCAGAAGCUCAGUCCAGGGCAGAGGCAGCACGUAUCCAGGGUGAGGCCGCUGUGGAAGAAGCCAAACUUAAAGUUGAGGCCCAGAGAAUAGAAGCGGAAGCUGAACUGGUGCGUCUGGCAAAAGCACGUGAGCAGGAGCUCCAGUAUAAGAAGGAAAUCGAUCGCUUGGAUGUGGAGAAGCAACAGAAACUGUCCGAGAUUGAAACCCAACGUUUCAAACAGAUGGUAGACGCUAUUGGCAGUGAUACACUGACAGAGAUGUCCAGAGCCGGACCCGAGCUACAGGUUAAAAUGCUGCAAGCUCUGGGUCUUAAAUCCACUCUGAUCACAGAUGGCUCUUCUCCCAUCAAUCUGUUCACUACCGCUAACGGCCUGCUGGGGGCAAUGAAGAGCUCUGAGGAAAAGCCAUGAAACUGAAAAGAAAAUAAGAAGCCCUAGACUUCAGAUAUCAUAAAAAUGUCUAAGAAAUUGCUGCAUGUCAAAGCCUUUCAGUGUUUUUCUUAGUUAUAUUUACUUUUGUUUGUUUUCUUGGGUCUUUAUUUUCUCCCUGCCAAAUAUCAAUACUAUAUUACUAUGAGAGGAAAUAGUUUAGAAAAACUAAUAGCAAUAGUUGGUUGGUGUGUAUUCUAUGCAAAUAUAUUUGCUUUUAAAUAUGUGCCUAACUUGACCAAACAUUACAGAUUUAUUUCCUUAUCCACCGAAGCCUUAUAAAUCAUACAGUGAUCCAAAAGCAUCUUCGAGUACCUUAUGUGCAUUAUAAGUAAUAAACGUUUAAAACGUGUAUAUAA